AUGGAGGGUUGGAGUCAGGUAGCUCUCGUGCCAUUGAAAGACAGCAACAACAAUAGCAACAGCAACAGCAGCAGCAACAAUAGUAGUAAUGGCGUACUCGUUCAAGACCCUAUAUCUACAGUCACUACAACGGUAUUUGACUCUGUACAGAACUUGGUGUGGUGCGGUGACACAUCGGGUUAUGUACGAAGCCUAUCUAGUGUUAAAACAUCUCCAUACAGCAUACAACUAUACCCUUACACAAAAUUUCGAACCAAUACAUUAAAUCAACCUAUUAUACAAAUCCUAUCGCACAGAGAAGGCGUGCUAUCGUUACUGAAUGACCAACUUUCCAUUUACAACCGACGAGGAGUUCCCAGAAAUGCAGUAAACUCGAUGUCUUUUAAAGAAUCGAAUGGCAGGGAAUUGUUUAAAGAUCUCAAGACAAUGUCAUUCAAUUGCAACUCAUUCAACGAAAUCGUAAUUGGAACUGAACUGGAUUUGAUCAAAGUAGAUAUGAAUAAAUCAAAUCUGGUACAACAAUUCAACCACACCGGAAAAGUUGCUAUGGUCAAAGAAGCACCGAAAUUGUUAGCAUUAGCUAGCAGCACAGGUUCGCUAGAGUUAUUCGAUCCAACUUCAAACUCAUCAAUUAAAACUUUUUCAGCUCACAAUGGAUACAUGUCAGAUAUGGACAUUAAGGGUAACUACAUUGCAACAUGUGGAAAUUCCAUCAGACCCAAAAGAUACCAUUACCAUCAAGCACCAGAAUAUACGGCAGACCCAUUGGUAAACAUUUUCGAUAUACGAACAAUGAAAGCAGUUGCACCAGUUGCCUUCCCCGCAGGUGUAUCUUCAGUUAGAUUCCACCCCAAGUUGCCCAAUAUCUUAAUUGUUACCUCUGCGUAUGGGUUGAUUGAGUUUGUAGAUAUAUUUGAUCAAACAAAUGUGAGUGUUUACCAUGCUGAUAUGUCAGCAGCUACACCACCACUACCAGCAGCGGGAUCCUCUGCUGCACAACAACAGAAACAACAACAACAACAACAACAGCAACAGCAACAACAACCACAUCUAUCAGGAUUGGAAAUUAGCGAAAAUGGUGAUUUCUUCAUGUUUAAUGAUGGUUUCUCCAAUUUACACUUGUGGUCUAUCACAAAUUCAGGCACUCUCAGUAAAAAUUUUGUUAAUUUUCCACAAGAGAUAGAGAGACCAGACAUUGUCAACGGACCCAGUGGAGUCCUAGGAGGCGGCAGUGGUAGUGGCGAUAAUGCAUUUAUUGACAUUGAUGCAGAUGUGCCGCUAUCCGUAGUUGGAAUGCCGUAUUAUAAGGAACUUCUCCUCUCGAAUUGGCCAAAUGACCUCAAAUUUGUUAAAGAAAAAGCUAGAUUACCUGAAUCUAUUGAUCCAGACUUGCUAUCGAUUUUUGAAAAGCAACAGCAACAAAAAAUUUCGCAAACCCCCAAAUGGAUACCCUAUGACUCAUUAAAGUACGGUACUUGUAACAUUCCCGAGUAUUAUUCGUUAACCAGCCAAAAAGAUACCCAAAUCCCCAAAUUUUUGAGCGAAAAAAAUGGAGGACAAAAGCAGCGCCAAAAAUCGAUUCAAGCAUUGGAAGACAGUAUUUUCCAAUGUCAAAAUGAUGAAAAAAUCCCCAAUUGCUACUCAAGACUACAAAUCCAAUAUUCCAAGUUUGGAGUCAAAGAUUUUGAUUUUGCAUUUUAUAAUCGAACUCAAGAAUAUUGUGGAUUGGAGAAUCAUAGCGACAACUCAUACAUUAAUUCACUUUUGCAGUUGUACAGAUUCCAAUCUGUUUUCUAUAACAAAGUAGUUCACUCACUAUCCAAUGAAUGGUUACCGAAUGACGAAGCGACAAUCGAAACCAACCCGGAAGGCUCAUCUAUAUUGAACGAGCUUGCAUAUUUAUUUGACAUGAUGUUUAAAGCCAAGUCUAGGAAUGUCAAGACCUAUAAUUUCAGUCAAGUGAUGAACCACGAUAAGCAAGCAGCAAAGUUAAUAAACUUGAACGAGUUGAUGAAUCUUAACUCACACGAAGUGCGCGAAUUGAUUAUUGCGUUUAAUAAUUACUUGUUGACGCGACUAUCGAUGGAUUUUAGAAACCAGUUCAACUUCAAUUUUGAUUUGACAGAGUUAGCUUACGAAAUCGAGGUUAGAGGACGAGGACAUUCUUGUCCCAUAUAUGAUAAACAGAUGGGGGCCAUGUUUUCCUUAGAAUUGAUAACACCGCCACAUAACAUGAUGAGUAAAAUGAGCAUCCUUGUUAAUCCCAAUACACAGCAAGAUCAGCAGCAGCAGCAGCAGCAGCAACAACAACAACAACAACAACAACAACCGACCAACUUAGCCAAUAUAAGGAAAAACUUGAAUAUACUCACAUACUUGGAGUAUUCAAUGAAUCAAUACAAGACAAUUCCAUGUACGCAGCACCAGCAUUUCCAUCCCCAUACUUUAGAAAUUCGAACAUCAAUUACGAAACUUCCACCUGUGCUUGUUCUCAAUGUCAACUUAACAAAUGAGGAAUUCAGAAUUAUCAAUAGUUUAAAGCAAUGGCUUGUUCCCGAUCUUUAUGCUGUGAGAGCAACAAAUAAUGGAAGCAAUCGAGGCUAUUCAUUUAAACCUAGCAUGCCAGUCUCGGGUGACUUUAAGAAAUACCAAUUAUUAGGGUAUGUUUGUGAGAUAAGUCAUCAAGUAGACACAUCGAGAACAGGUGGCCAUAAUUUGGUCUCUUUUGUCAAAAUAAAGGAUGAGUGGAUGUUUUUCAACGAUUACUUGGUGAUUCCUAUCCCUGAAGAAGAAGUGUUUAACCUUACUUACUCAUGGAAAAAACCUGUCAUUGUUAUAUAUCAAGAAGUUGACAAGAUGGACAAGGUUGAACCGUUUAGACAUAUAACUCAUUUUCAAGGCAAUGACUCUAUACUUUAUAGAGAUCACUUUGCUGGGCCAAUUAGAGAGCUGUAUCAGCGAGAGUAUACAUUGUUGACGAGGGAGAAAGAAGCUCCACAGCCAGGAACAUUAGUAGCCAUUGACGCAGAAUUUGUCACUUUAAAACCGGAACAGCUUGAGAUAAGCUAUAACGGGCAGAAGAAAUUAGUCAAACCCAAAGAGUUGUCUUUGGCGCGUGUUUCUGUUCUCCGAGGUGGUCGCGAAGGCAUAAAUAGUAACAUUACUGGCAACAACAACGACGAUAACAAUAAUAUCAGUGGCAUGAUUAUCGACGAUCCGUUAUUUGGCGAAGCAUUUAUUGAUGAUUAUAUUGUUCACAAAUCACACAUUUACGAUUAUACGACAAACUUUAGUGGUAUCGAGCCCAAUGACCUAGAUAUCCAUAAAUCUAGCAAGAAUUUGGUCACGUUGCAAACGGCAUAUCGAAAGCUAUGGCUUUUACUUAAUUUGGGCGUCAUAUUUGUUGGACAUGGUUUAUAUACUGAUUUUAGAACUAUCAACUUACAGGUUCCAGAGGAGCAGAUUCGAGACACUGCAGACUUCUACUACAAGAGUAGUUUCAAACGACAGUUGAGCUUAAAAUUCUUGGCAUAUGUGAUGUUGAAAGAGAGAGUACAAAAGGGUAACCACGACUCGAUUGAAGAUGCUAGGACUGCAUUAUUGCUUUACAAAAAGUACGUGGAGUUGAACCAAAAGAGCACGAACGAGUUUGAAAAAAUGUUGAAUUUCGUCUAUGAGGAAGGAAAUAGACUAAAGUAUAGAGUACCUGAGUUGUAA